AUGCAGCGAGCUACCUCGUCAACCGAGAAGGACCGGCUCAAUGCAGUGAGUGUCAAAGAAUCAGGUGCAUGGUUGAACGCCUUACCUGUUGCUGCUCUACGAACUCCUCUAGAUGAUGAUUCGUUUAGAGUUGCAAUUGGAUUGAGAUUAGGUCUGGAUAUUUGCACUCCUCAUGAAUAUAUUUGUGGGAGUGGAGUGGAUGAAAAGGAAACACAUGGUUUGAGUUGCAGAAAAAGUUCAGGUCGACACUCAAGACAUCAUCAAGUGAACGAUAUCAUUAAACGUGCAUUAAUAUCAGCAGAUGUCUCGGCUAUUUUGGAACCUCUUGGGACUAGUCCUGAUGAUGAAAAACGUCCUGAUGGCAUGUCACUUAUUCCUUCGUCAUGUGGGAAAGCUAUAGUAUGGGAUUUCACCUGUGCUGAUACUUUGGCAGCUUCCCAUUUAGCAGCAACAUCGCAAAGUCCGGGUGCUGCUGCUAUCAAAAGCGAGAAACUGAAACGCCUCAAAUACUAA